AGGCCAUCUGUUGUAGUUGCCAGGAAUAAAUGUUCCCGUUGCCCACAGUAUUCCCUUCCUUUCACCAUGGAAAUUUUCAGCUGGUUGCUGCUGAUUUCCUUCAUAUUGUACCUUUUCUGGAAGACUGUCCGUCCCAAGAAAUUCCCCCCAGGACCAAAGCGUCUACCAUUCCUUGGAAACUUGUUCCAGAUCAACAUCCGCAAUCCCCUGAAAGACCUUGAUAAGUAUGCACAGAAAUAUGGUCCCAUCUUCAGUUUGUAUGCGGGAGGAAAACCUUUUGUCUUUGUUCAGGGAUUUUCAUUGGUGAAAGAGGUCCUACUCACGAAAGGAAUGGAAUUUGCUGGAAGACCAGAAAAUCCUUUUGUAGAGGCGGUCAAUAAUAGGAAAGGGAUAAUUUUAGCACCUUAUGGGCAAGCGUGGAAAGAGCAAAGAAGAUUUAUGCUGGUGGGUCUUAGAAAUUUUGGGUUGGGUAAAAAAUCCAUGGAGGAAAAGAUCUCGGAUGAGGCCGCUUACUUGAUGCAAAUAUUUGAGGAAAAUAUGAGUGUGCCAUUUGACCCCUGUGAUUUCAUUGAGAGCGCAGUGGCAAACAUCAUUUCCACCACUGUAUUUGGGAAGCGUUUUAAUUAUGACGAUAAGUCACUGAGAAAUGUGUUGGACCUGUUCCAUGAGAAUACUACAGCGAUUAUAGGACCUUGGGCACAGCUUUAUAAUGCAGUGCCAUUUGUGCGGAGGCUUCCUCUUCCACACCAAAAUUUAUUCAAGGCUGCAGAGAAGGUCAUUGCGUUCUUUUCAAAAGAAGUCGAAGAGCACAGGGCAACGCUUAUUCCCGGAGACCACCGAGACAUAACUGAUGCCUAUUUGGAAGAAAUACAGAAGCCAGAGAAUAAAGGAUCAAGUUUUGAAGAGGAGUACAUGACUUUAACAAUGAUUGAAAUGUUCAUUGCGGGAGUAGAAACGACUGCAACAACGCUUGGGUGGGGUUUGUUGUACAUGAUGGCUUUCCCAGAGGUUCAAGAGAAAUGUCACGUGGAAAUCAAUAAUGUUCUUGGAAAUAAUCCAUGCAUCCAGUACGAAGAUCGGGACAAGCUGCCUUACACAAAUGCUGUCAUUCAUGAAAUCCAGCGCUUUGCAAAUGUAGUACCCCUAGGAAUACCUCAUGCCCCUGUCAAAGACAUGCAGCUUUUCGGUUAUAAUAUUCCCAAGGACACGAUGAUUGUGACCAGCCUCAUUUCUGUCCAUUAUGAUGAGUCUCAGUGGAAAUACCCACGUGAAUUUAACCCCUCCAAUUUUCUGAACGAGAAGGGAGAAUUUGUGAAGCCUGAAGCCUUCCUGGCAUUCUCAGCAGGUCCAAGGGUUUGCUUAGGAGAGAACUUGGCUCGGAUGGAGCUAUUCCUCUUCUUUACCCACAUUCUGAGAAGAUUCCAGGUAGUGUGGCCAGAUGAGACAAAGGUGCCAGACCUCACCCCCAACUUUGGAGUCACGCUGUCUCCAUCCUGCUUUAAGGUGGCUCUGAAAUGCCGUCCGCAACUAUGAACAGCACUAACUGGGAUUCAGAUAAUUAUGGAUAUUUGGGCAUGAGAUACUUGAAGUUUAACAGUAAAGAGUCCAGUAGCACCUUUAAGACUAACAAACUUUAUUGUAGCAGAAGCUUUCGAGAACAUGCAUCUGACGAAGAGAGCUGUAGUUCUCGAAAGCUUAUGCUACAAUAAAGUUUGUUAGUUUUAAAGGUGCUACUGGACUCUACUAUUUUGCUACUACAGACUAACACGGCUAACUCCUCUUGAAGUUUAAGAUUCCACUGGAGCAUCAGCAUUAAAGAUUUUGCCACUGUAAACAA